AUGAACACACCUGUCGUGGACGAGUACCCAAAAUCUCCUUCAUCAUCCAUCAACUCGACCUCACCCCUCAAUAUACCUACUCUAGAACGAGUUCAACCCACGUCUAACGUUCGUCAGAACACUGUUACCACUGUCAACCUACACAACGUCAGUAUUGUCUGCCUACGAAUCGACGGAAAGGAGAGAUUGUGUCUGGCACAGAUAUCGAACACACUGCUUAAGGAAUACAGCUAUAACGAAAUACAUAACAGAAGAGUCGCUUUAGGUAUUACCUGUGUCCAAUGUACACCGGUUCAGCUCGAAAUCUUGCGCCGUGCUGGUGCGAUGCCCGUAUCCUCGCGUCGAUGUGGUAUGAUUACCAAAAGAGAAGCUGAACGAUUGGUCAAAUCGUUUCUAGAAGAUAGCACUCCACCUAAACUACCGGAAAAUUUCUCAUUCGAAGUUUAUCACGAGUGUGGUUGGGGCUGUACUGGUUUUUUCGAGCCGUCACGGUACAACAGCUCCCGGGCAAAGUGCAUCAAGUGCAGCCUAUGCAAUAUGCAUCUUUCUCCGAAUAAAUUCAUUUUUCACAAUCAUCGGACUCCGACUUCCAAAUACCACCACCCGGAUGCUGCUAAUUUCAAUUCAUGGAGACGCCAUUUAAAACUAACAAGCGAAGCAGAAAAGAGUGAUUUUUCCUACGCAUGGGAGGAUGUCAAGGCCAUGUUUAAUGGCGGCAGUCGGAAGCGGAUAUUGAACAGU